AUGAACGAGCUUGAGAUUGGGGAUUCGUUCAUGCCCCAUGAUGCUUUGAAAGUGUCUCUUGCCCGUUUUGCGUGCCACGCGAAGGACGUCAAGGAAGCCGUUGUUAUUAUUCCGCCAUGUGAACCGCCAUACAAACAUAUGGCCGCUGUAGUUCGAGUUGGCGAAGACGUCGUAGUCAAAUAUGGUCCCUACGUCAGCGCAAAGGAACAGGAAACAAUCCGUUUCAUUGCUGAGAAUACUCCAGUUCCAGUACCGCAGGUAUAUGGUGUACAUGAGGGUGACGAUGGAAACACCUACAUCGUCAUGGAGUUCAUCAGUGGGACCCCCCUUGAUUUAGUAUGGGACUCACUUGAGGUGUCGCAGAAGGAGAAACUUGCUCAUCAGCUGCGUGAGUACUUCGAGGAACUGCGAGAAUUGCGAGGAAAUUUCAUCGGUUCUGUCCAUGAGGGUCCUUGCAAGGAUAUUUACUUUGAUGAAGGUGCAGAUAAAGGCCCAUUUACAACGGAGGUAGACAUGAAUGUUGCGAUUGUCGAGGCAGUUCGAAAGGGCUCGGGCUUGACAGAAGAUUUUGUAACAUGCACACUACCCGGGUUACCGCACAAUCAUGCCAUAGUGUUCUCUCAUGGCAAUUUCGGCGUUACUCACGUCAUAGUGGAUAGCGAACAUGAAAAUGUCCGAGCUAUCGUUGGUUGGCAAAGGUCCGGCUUCUUUCCAGAAUAUUGGGAUUUCGUAAAUGCUCUGACCCUUACCAUUGCGCCCUUUCGCUCAGACUGGGUGCUAUACGUGGAGAAAAUUCUAAAACCGUACUAUGAUGAGUACCCACAUUGGUGUCAACUCCGCAUGAGUGCCCGUUGGAGAAGACAAAUGGCAGGACGCUGUUAGCUAUGAAGUGGGGUACUUAUGGGAGACUCUUUCGCCACUGUCUUAGCACGAAACAAUAUCGCAAGGUGGCUUGGAGCUGGCAGGAGUACGAACUGGCACAGACAGAAGACACGGGUUUCCCCGUUUCCUUGUUUGUAAGUAUUAUGCAUUUUGGGCAGCGUCCAAGUCUUUGGACAUCCCGAAUGCAUUGUGAGCAAAAUCUUCUGCUCUGAGAGUGUCGCGUACCAAGGGUGCCCUUAGGUUACUGAAGUACAACAAGUUAGGCAGCUAUGGCUCGUCGAAGGUUGUGGUUCAUGCCCUUUGUAUCGUCUAGACCGCAUCGCAAAGUCAGAAACCGACAUCAGCGCAAGGGACGUUUGCGACAAAAGUCUGCGCUAGCUAGACGGAACCGGAGAAGAAGAGCUAGGUACCCACCAGUCCAAUACCUACCCCUGCGGUAUACCUUGCAGUAUACCGCAGGGUAGGUGAGACCAACGUGGAAAAAUACUUCGUGCACAAGAAAUUGACUUUAUCGAAAUGGCAUGUGCUCGAGGAGCGACCGAAAGCUGUAAUACAGAAUAGAUGAACAUUUGGAACGGUCGAAGCUCCAACUGGGUCUCCGUGGAUUGUUGUACCAAGCUGAUGCUACAACAAAUUGUGACCUAUGCCAUGGGUCUCAUUUCCUUCGACUCUGCGACUGGCUACCUCGCAGAUGAGCCACCGUUGUUUCUCAUCCAUUUCCUCCUGAAUCCUACCGACUACGCGCUUUGGUAAUAUGGAUUGUGUCAGUUGAACGCGGAGUACUUGCACUUCGCGUUCCGACGUUCUGGUAUCUUACGGUUUAUCGUACUAUUACUAUUGCUUGAUAUGAAGCGCGCCACACAGAGCGUAGGUAUAAAACAAAUCGGUGUGCACAGUACAAACUGUGCUGACUGCGGAUGAACACAAGUUAAA